AUGGUUGUAUCAAUUAUACCACAUAGUAAUAAAAAUAAUAAUAAUAGUAAUAAUAAUAAGAAUAAUGGUACAAAUAAUACUAUAAAUAAUUCUCUUAUUCCAAAUAAUAGUAAUAAUAAUAACCAUAAUAAUUUAUCAUCAAAUACAACAACUAUUACAACUGUAAAAAAGACUAAUGUAAUAACAGAUAAAAAUGAAAUUAUUAUUGAAGAAGAAAAUGAAAUCUUAUCAACAGAAGAUAACAGUAGCGAAGAAGAGGAAGAGUACGAUGACGACGAAGAUGAUGACGAAGAAGAUGAUGACGACGAAGAAUACAAAAGUAAAAUGAAUCCAAAAUUAUUAAGAAGAAAUGAUAGUGUAUCAAAAUAUAGAGCUAAAAAACUGUUAGAGGCGAUUCAACAGCAGCAACAAGAGCAAAAAGAGUCAUCAGGAUCGGUAUCACCACAUUCACCAUCAUCACCAACAUCAAAAGUAAACCAUGGUUUAAUGAUCUCAUCACCAACAUCGUUGUCACCACCACAGUCACCACAUUUAUCACCAGAGUCUAAUUCAAUUAAAGAGAAAAGAGUUCAUUUGACACCGCCAGUAUCACCAUUGGGAGGUAGAAAGAAUAGUGGCUCAAAUAGAACAAAUAUUGUAUCAUUAGCUGAUUCGCAAGUAAUCUUUUCAAAGGUUGAGAACUCGACUACUAAAAUCACAGCAUCCAAUAAUUUAACAGCUGCAAUUAUCGUAGAGAGUGCCAUUAACGAAAUUACAACCUCUGCAAAUUUAACAAGCCCAUCUCAAAAUUUAUGUUCAAUGUCAAUCGAUAUUGAUUCAAUGUGUAAUAAUAGUAAUAUAAAUAAUAAUAAAAUUAUUUCUUCAACAAACCAUUCAACCACCACCACCACAACUACAACCACCACAACUACUACUGGAGCAACAGCAGCAACAGCAACAGCAACAGCAACAACAACCACCACCACUACAACAAGAUCUGAUAAUUUAACAGUACCAGCUAUUGUUAUACCACCAAGCUCAAUUCAAGAAAAUAAAAAGAAAAGACAAUCAUUGGAUUCAGAUGACGAAGAGUUUGGCUAUGAUGAUAAUUUAACUUUUAAAUUAAUCGAUUUACAUAGACGUAGUCCAAGAGGUGACGGCCUAAAACCAAUCAAUAACCCAAUUCCAAAAAGACCGGUACUCCAAGUUGAUCCAUCACAAGAGAUGAUUAACAUCGCCUUAAUAGCUUUACGUACCUCUUUAAGAAUAGGUUUUGAUAAAUUGGAUGUUCUUACCCAACCACAAUUUGAACAUUUUAAAAAAUAUAAGAUUUCAAUGUCGGAAAGAAAGAGCACCAUCAAAGAUUUUUCACCAAACGUUUUUCAAGUUUUAAGAAAUAGAUUAGGAAUUGAUCAAACUGAAUUUUUAAAGUCAUGGUCAUCUUUUGUAUUGGAUUUCCAAGAGAAAAAUAAUAGUAGUAAUAAUAGCGCAAAUAGUAACAAUAGUAAUAAAUCAAAUGCAACAUCACCAAAUAUAACAUCAACUGCACCAAAUGUACAACCAUCUAAUAUACAAAAUAUUAAUCAACCAUCUUCUUCAUUCUCUUCAUCCUCAUCAUCAGAGUCAUUCACUUUAUAUUCAUCAGAUAGAAAAUAUAUUAUGAAAACCAUUUCAAAAUCAGAUUCAAUUAGGAUAAGAAAAUUGUUACCACAUUAUUAUAAUUAUUUAGUCGGUAAUCCAAAUGCAUUUUUAGAAAAAUAUUUAGGUUUAUAUAGAGUUGGUAAUAGUUCAAGUCAUGCUUAUGUUGUGUUAUUAUCAAAUCCAUUCGAUCAAAACUAUUCAAUACCAGAUUCUUAUAUAUAUAACGGUUUAACCAGAACAGGUGGUGACUCGCCAUCAACUCCAUCUCCACAACUUGGAAGAAAGAAACAACAGAAUCAACAAAAGUCUUUAAGUUUAAAUUUAGAUAUUAUAACUAGAGUACCAAUGUUUAAACAAAUCGAAAAAGAUAUAACGUUUUUAUCAAGCCAAGAUUUUAUGGAAUAUAACUUGGUAAUUGGAGUAAAGAAAAUUAAAAAAGAACAAUUUGAAGUAAAUAAUAAUAAUAACAAUAAUAAUAUUAGUAAUAGUAGUAGUAGCAUUAGUAGCAAUGUUAGCAGUGUUAAUAAUUUAAAUGUUUCAGCAGAUUCAAUUAAUAACCCAGGUAAUAUUGUAAAUCAAUUAAAUAGUUUUUCCAUUACUUCAUCAUCAAACGGUCAAAUAACACCAAGAAGUAUAAAUAAUAGUGGUGUUAAUAAUAAUAUUAAUAAUAAUAAUAAUCAAAUUAAUGGUGAAAACUCUCCAUCAAAUAAUAGUGGAUCAAAUACACCAAUUCAAGGAUCACCAAGAUACAGUACCGAGCCAAUUAAGGCUAUACCAAGAUUAUUGUAUUUUUUAGAAGAUGUAGAAAAUGUUACAAAAUCAAAUAAUUUAAAAAUUUCCAAAUCAUUAAAGAAGGCAUUCUCAACAUUACCAAGAUCAUGGUCAUUGGAGGAGAUUAUUAAUCUUGAAGAUAAUACACCAAUUAUAUUAAAUCAAUCAAAUCCAAAUCCACCACUUUCAUCACAUAACAAUCUAUAUCCAGUUCCUUCAUCAACUAUUAGUGCUCCACCAUCACCAAUAAUUAGUUCAUCUUCAUCAACUUCACCAAAUAUUUUUUCAAACAAUAAUAAUAGAUUAAAUAUAAACACUAAAAAUCAUAGUUUUAAUAACUUAAAAUCAUCUCAAGCUGUUGGUUCUGGUCAUGUUUUAAAUACUCCAUUAGGCCAAAAAUAUCAUGGUGGAUUUUUAUCAAAUUGUUUCAAGUCGUCAAAUGCUAACAACAGUAUAGAAAAUAUUUCACCACUUUCAAUAUCACCAGCUUUCCCAUUAUCACCAAAUAUGACAAGUAGUAAUCCAAAUAAUAACAACAGUAAUGAUGAUUAUUAUGAACUUUAUUAUGUAACAAUUACAGAUAUUUAUAUACCCCCAAAAAUCAAUUUAGAUAAAAAGAGAUUAACAACAAUUAAAUUUGGUGGUAAUCCAAACUUAUAUUUAAAGAGAUUUUUAACAAAUAUUAAAGACGUAUUUAAUCAUUAA